UGAUUGACAAAGUUUAAAUGUCCUAAAAUGUACAGAGGAGAACCUGUUGGUCCAUUGGGCACAAGGUAUCACAAAAGACCGGGGUACGUGGGCGCCGCAAAACUCGGCGACCCCCGCGAAGUAUUAAGAACGAAUAUAAGGACACAGUACGGAGCCAUCGCACGGACAAAUCUUUAUGAAAAUGACCGGAGAAACAUGGAGAAUGUUCAUGACAGUGACGAUGACACGGAUGAGGAUGAGAAUGAAGGCAUUAAACGCGUACCCUCAAACGCGAGCCUGGCCAGUGUAGAUCAACAGAAAAAUGACCCUGGGAGUAGAGGGUCCUUACGGUCGCUAGAAGGACUCACUGACGAUGAAUUAGGCGAUCUGAGGUCAUCUAAUUUGCCGUUAAAUCCGGCUGAGAUACGACGGAAUUUAUCAAAAAGGCGAGCCAAAAAGAAGACCAUGCAGAUGACUAUUUAUGCUAUUGUAUUUUUCAAUUGGCUUGCUUACCAGGCUCUUUUUGUCAACUUCAUGGAUUUUACAGAAGAUUCCUCCGUCGUCUUAUUCACGGACAGGGCUGCAGGAGCGUUAAAGGAUUCAUACGCUAGCUUAACCUGUCUUCUGGCUGUAUUUGGAGGUGCCCUGGCUGAUUCGAUGCUAGGCAACGUUAAUGUCCUCCUUGCGGGAAAUGUUUUGAGCCUUAUAGGUUGUAUAAUUGUUUUAGUGUUGGCCUGUUUACCGAGAGAGAUACAUGGCGGAGAUCAGUAUAUUUCUGUGAGAAAUGCCACCUUCAUCACCGUGGUGUGUUUAGUUGGAGACGGCCUUGGCGUUCAGAGAUCCAUUCUGUUUUCCAUAGGCCCCAACCAGCGGCGGAAUCAGCAGACGAAACGUGACAUCAUAAACUGGACAUACUUUUUAGUAAACCUGGCCUGUCUGAUACCAUUUCUGUUAAAAGAUGUGUUGGACGUAGUUACAUGUGAUAAGCAGCUGGACACCUUGUACUGGUGCAUAAGCUUUUCCCCAGCAACUGUUCUUCUUGCCGUAAACCUACUUUUACUGACCUACAGGCGAAAAGGGUUUAAAAAAGACAAGAGCAAAGAAAAAGACAAGUCAAACCUGGUUAAGGUUGCGCAGACUAUCUACUCGAGUUCCAUCCGGGGAUCUUUGACGAAUGGAGGUAGCACAGCGAACAAGAGAGGCGCCACCAAACCGUAUAGGCCUCUGAAGAAACAGGAGCAGAUAAUAGAGGAAAAACGUAACUUGACAAGGUCGUUCAUAAAGCUUGUGACAGUGCUGCCUUGUAUUUUACUGGUGCCUAUGGUGUACAACGAGGCGAUGUAUGUGUUUGAAAAGCAGGCCAAAUGCAUGACUGGGCUCACGAUAAGGAACCGCAUGGUUCCCUUUGGUUGGUACAUACAGUACGGUAUAAGCGUAGUCUUCAUCCCGGUGUUCAACUGUGUUGUAUAUCCAUAUACUCAUAAAAGAUACGGGCCGUCACCAAUCGCAAGACUGACCUUUGGGAGCGUGCUGUUUAUAUUGGCGAUACUGGUGGCCAUCUUCGUUGAAUCUGCUUUAGACGAGGCAGGCUGUGGGAGAGUUAGUGCGGCGCAACUCAUCCCACAGUGGACGUUACUUGGGUUCGGAGCAUUAUUUAUUUUCCCCACGGGUGUGGAGUUUGCCUACAUGGAGUCUCCAGACGGCCUAAAAAGCACAAUUGUCGGCUUCGUGUGGACCACAUAUGGAAUUGGUCUCAUUGUUGGGCAGGCGAUGUUGAAAUUUGUGCAUAAAAAAUUUCGAGACGAGGCCUGCAAGUCAAAGCACGGAUGCUCCAAUCAACUGCCCCCUCUCGUCGCUCUUCUCAUAUUUCUAGUGGUCGGACACGUGAUCUUCAUCGCGGGGGUGUACUUUUACAAGCAGCCACCCCCCAGGUCCCAGGACAGAUCUUUGAACCAGAACGACAGCCGAGAGUCACGACGGCGUUAGACAUCCAGUGUCGAAUGUUAUAGAGAUUAUAAUUGCACAUGUACAUGUAUUUUCCAAUUAGGCAAAGCUGAGCUAAGGAACGACUGGAUUUUCCGCUUUGCUUUAGUUUCUCGGCAUAGCCGCGUUCGAAGAUAAUACUCAUGGGUUAUUAUUAUUAUUAUU